UCUAGAAUGAUUUUCAAGUCAAAGUGCGAAAUAUGUACGAAAGAAAUUUCAAAAUACAAAUGUCCAAAGUGUCAAAUAGAAUAUUGCUCAUUGGCGUGUUAUAAAUCCACUGCCCACACUCAUCUGGAAGACAGUAAAGUUGGUGGAAACCAAAUAAAAAAAGAGUUGCAAAAAGUUGAUGGUCCUAUUAACUCUAGUGAUCAAUUGUAUUUGGAAAAUUGUGAAAAGAUAUCAAACAAUAAAUCGGUUUAUCAAAAAAUCUUGCAAGACGAAAAAAUUCAAUAUUAUUUGAAAUUACCUCAGUUACAAGUUCAUUUACUUAUCAUUUUUAAAAUCAUGAAUGAAAUAUCCUUAACAAAUGAAUAUAACUCUGGAAAUAGAAAAGAAAUAGCCUCAAGGAAGUUGAAUAGCUUGAGAAUAGCUGGAAUUGAAGAAAAUGAGCUAGUUGAAGAGUUUUGUCAGUGUUUCUUAAGUUUAUAUCAUAAAUUUUUGCACUCUUAAAUGAAUUCCAUUUAGUAAAUGAAACGUUCCUGUUGUUUUUAUCUGAGGUUAAAAGGCAAUUUUUUGCGGAAACAGAUAUAACUGUUUUGUAUUUGUGGAAAUAAUGAUAGUUCUUUGUUUAUUUCUUUGCCUAAAAUUAUAAAAUUUAUUAAUGUAUGCAAAAAAAGAAAAGAAAAUCAUCAGAAAAAACAUAAAUUUGAGUAAGAAGAAAAUGUGAACAUUGUGAAG